CAGGAUCUCGCAGAGAUUUAAUGACUUCUUAUUGAGUUGUUGGUAUUAUAUUUUUUCUUGUAACUAAAUACACAAGAUCACUAGCCUGAAAUGUAUCUCAAAUGACUGGAAGGUCACGUAUAUGGUUUAUAAAAUAAGUCACAAAGACCAGGAUUAGUUUGCACACUUAGUAUAGCCUACUCUAUACUGUUUUAUGUAACUCAACACAUAAAACUCCUGGGCUGCAUGACACAGCUGAAUAUGAAUCAAAAAGUAUAAAUAAAUGCACCGACAUGACAGCCUACUUUUCAACGCCAUACAUAGGCUAGAGUGGAAGAUUAGAAAAUUUCAUUAAAGUGGGGGUGGUGGGGUCUCAUUAAGGUUUCACUUUAGUCGUGACGUAAGCAACUCACGAGCUCAGACCCUGCGUGUCCCACCGCGAGCUUAAAACAGACGCAGCGCGCGCUCCGAGCUGCAGCACGCGGAACGGAGCUCCUCUCUGCUGCUUGAGACUGCAAAGACAAAAGCCGUUUCGGAUAACAUCAAGAGCAGAAAACAUCUGUGCGCAUCAUGAAGUUUGCCGCUUUAGUCUGCUUGGUUGUUUUCUUUGCUGCAGAUGGAGGGUCCAUACCAGUUGAUCAGGACAGCCAAAGAGAGGACCUGCUUACCCAGUGUUUAGUUCACAUCCUUUCAAAGGCGCUGUAUAAGACCGAUGAUACUCCACUGCAUCCAGAAUGCAAAAACAUCCUUACACCAGGAUCAGGUCAUUCCUCAGUUGUGAAAAAGGAGGAAGACACUCUAAAACCGGCUCAAGAGGAACUUAAAAAACCAAGAGAAGAGUCUAAAGUUAAGGAGGAGGAACUCAUAGAGGAUCUUCUCAAAGCUGACAAACGGGAGGAGCUGGAUGACGAACGUAGCCAGGAAGAGUUCCCAAGUUUUGUUAAAAGAAGAAUCAAAGACAGGCGUAAGGAAAUGGACGAUGAACGGAGCCAGGAAGAGUUCCCAAGUUUUAUGAAAAGAAGAAUCAAAGAAAAACGUGAUGAACUGGAUGAUGAACGAAGUCAGGAAGAGUUCCCAAGUUUCUAUAAAAGAGGCAACAAGCAUAAAAGAGAAGAUCCUGAUGAUGAGAGAAGCCAAGAGGAAUUUCCUCAAAAAAUACAUUUUUCCGUCCUCUACAAGCGUGAUAAUCCCGAUGAGGAGCGCAGCCAAGAGGAAUUCCCUCUAUAUGAAUAUAAAAGGAGUCGUCUUCAGACCAGCAGAGAAAAACAUGAAGAGCCAGACUAUGAUAGAAGCCAAGAAGAUUUCCCAAGUUACACCCACAAAAGAAACCAUGGGGAUGGAGAAGAAGAGGAUGAGGAGAGUGAGGAAAGAGAGAAGCGGAUCUGGAAGCCAUCACAUAGAUACCACCACAAGAAAAAGCACCACAAACGCAAUGAGAAUGAGGAUUUUGUAGAACCAGACUAUGAUAGAAGUCAAGAAGUUUUCCCAAGCUACAGACAAAAAAGGAGUCAUUGGGAUGGUGGGCACUACAAGCCAAACGAACACUUGCUGAACGAGCAACUUAAUGAGGACUUAAACUCUCAGGAAAAGAGAUCUGAAGAAUCAGAAGAGGUAGACGAGGAUAUCGCAAAGCGAUACUGGAAACCCACCCAUAGAUACCACCAUAAGAAACACCACAAACGGGACUCAUCUGAAGAGGAUUAUAAGGAAAGACCCCUGGAAAAAAGGAAUGAGGACUCAGAGGAGAGUGAGGAAAUGGAUAAAAGGAUCUGGAAGCCCACACACAGAUAUCAUCACAAGAAGCUUCAUCACAAGCGUGGCGACUCCAUAGAGCUUGAGGAUGAAAAUGAACCCAUCUCAGAGAAGACUCACAGUCUCCAUGACUCAACAGACAACACCUUCAAGCGCCAUUCACCUAAAGAGGAAAAACAGGAAAUUGUCCAUGAGCUUAAUGAAAAGAGGCAUCCUUUAACCAGCCAAGAGGAAGAAGAUGAGCUGAAGAAAGGGCACCAGAGUUCAGCAGAGGAGAAGCAGGACAGGGAGGCUGCAUUGAGGUACCUAACCAAAAAGAAGAAUGAGUUACAGGAACGUCUACUUAACAAAGGUGAUGUCUAUGAGAAGCGUUCCCCAUGGAUUUACAGAGGAUACUACCAUCCAGCCUGGUACAAAAGAGGCCAUAAUGUGGCUGAAAGUACUGACCAGCACCCCUACCAUAAACUAGAGGACCUCGCCGAGACUCUCCGGUACAAAAGAGGCCUACUUACUCAGGAGGAGUCACCCGAGGAGGAAAAGGGAGUCCCCCAACAGAAGCUUCUCACACCAGAGGAGGAACUUGAGAAACUGGCCUCUGUGGAUCAACAGAUGAAAGAGACAACUUAAUCAUUCCUAGAACCAGCUGAAACAUCAUCUUCUUACGGUGCCUGAAUUGAUUUUCAAUACGCUUUAUGUGUGCUUACUUGGGCUGCUUUAGAUGAAUGAAUUAUUAUAUGUCGUACCUGAUUACAACUGCAUUAUACUUGUUAUUAGUGUAAAUCAGCAUUUAAUGUGAGAGUCUUAGAAGCAAGACAGCCUAUAAAAGGGAAAAAAAGCUUGAUAAUGUCAUGUGCAUCAUUUUUCUGUUUAUUACAUUCUAAAAUAACAAAAAAACAAAAUGACCAAGUACUAUUGACUGCAAAUUUGACCGCAUUUUUGAGCAUGCUACUUUACAACUGUAAAAAACACAGUAUGUUGAAAAAUUACCGUUGUUCUUUAUAAUCUUCAACAGAACCUCUGCUUACUUGAUUGUUUGCAUUUAAUAAAAUGUGUAAUUAUGGGACCAAA